AUGAGGCUGCGACGGCAGCGGGAAUGUGAAUGGCUCUGCGGGCCGGGCACAGGGGCCGAGGACAGGGCUGCCACGGAGAGCGGAGCAGCCUGGACACCGCUCGGGCAGCGCCGAGCCCCCGGGCAGCAGCGCUCGGGCUCUGAGUGACCCACGGCAGCCGCAGCUGGCAGGAGCAGCAGGGCCUCAUGGCAAGGUGCAGCCCAGCCCGGCUCAGCUCUGGAUGAAGUAAGGACCGUGCUGGGGAAGCAGUUCUUCGUGCAGUCUACUCAGAGGUCAUAACGUAAUGCCCAUGCUGUUCUACACUCUGACUGUAGCUUUUUUGAUCGGCACACAGGCAGCUCCCAAGUCAGAGGACAAUGCUCCACUGGAGUUUCCUGCAGAACACUCCCUGCCCAAUACCCGGAGCGACCGACACCACAUUGCCCAGGCGGCCCCGCAGACAUCCCACAGCCACGCCACGUGGAGCCUCAGCAGGAGAGAAGCCGUAAACAUCACCGUGGACCCCAAAAUUUUUCGGAAGCGGCGUUUCCGGUCUCCCCGGGUGCUGUUCAGCACGCAGCCUCCACCGGCGGCCGGGCAGGGCCGGAAUUUGGGAUUUCUCAGCGGCAUGGGGGCUCCCAACAGGACUGCCAGGAGCAGGAGGAGCACGCACCCCGUGCUGCACCGCGGGGAGUUCUCGGUGUGCGACAGCGUCAGCAUGUGGGUCGGGGACAAAACCACAGCCACCGACAUCAAGGGCAAGGAGGUGACGGUGUUGGGCGAGGUCAACAUCAACAACAACGUCUUUAAGCAGUACUUUUUCGAGACCAAGUGCAGGGACCCCAAGCCGGUGUCGGGCGGGUGCCGCGGCAUCGAUGCCAAGCACUGGAACUCGUACUGCACCACCACCCACACCUUCGUCAAGGCCCUGACCAUGGAGGGCAAGCAGGCGGCCUGGAGGUUCAUCCGCAUCGACACUGCCUGCGUCUGCGUGCUCAGCAGGAAGGCGGCCAGGCCCUGAGCCCACGCCCUCCGACCCCCCUACCUCAGCCUGUAAAUUAUUUUAAGUUAUAAAGGACUGCAUGGUAUAUUUAUAGUUUAUACAGUACAGAAAGAACCUCAUUAUUUAUUAAACUCUUUUGGAAA